GGAAGAAGGAGUUUACGAGGCGUCUUUAAGGCAACACGGGUUAUCACCACUAUCACAGUCAGACAGUCUUGUCAUCCCCCAGCAAGGUGUCACUUUAGGCAGCUAAACACUUGUUUUACCUCCCGUUUUGUUGAACCAUUUUGAUACACAUUUCUGCUUGACAUCUUGGGGCAUUUGGUGCCAUGAAGGGAAUCAGGUUUUUCGUGGUUUUCAUGGUGCUUUCCGCGUCUCUGUUGUGCGCAACUGAAGCGGGCAGGAGCAGGACCAGCAACCAGAACAGCUUCCGACGGGCAGCUAACGGCAUCUACCAGACUCUGAGCAGUGUUUUCGGAGAGGACAACAUUAGAGGUUUAUACAAGUUUUUCUCCAAAACGACGGAGCGGUUUGUCCAUGGAGUGGACUCUUUUCUCGACACCAUCUGGAAGAUCUGGUCAGAUUUGCUGGACGUGAUGGGCAUCGACUCCUCAAACCUCAGCCACUACUUCAGCCCCACAUCUCUCACCAACUCUCCGGCACGUGCCCUGCUCCUGGUUGCCGCUGUACUCUUGGCCUACUGGUUCCUCUCCAUGUUCCUGGGGGGUUUCUUUUACCUGCUGCACGCUGUGUUCGGCCGCUUCUUCUGGCUAGCACGGGUCACACUCUUUGCCCUGUCUUGCCUCUACAUCCUGCAGAAGUUUGAGGGUGACCCUGAGCGUGCGGUGCUGCCGCUGUGUUUCAUCAUGGCGGUGUACUUCAUGACGGGGCCUGUGGGAGCGUACUGGCGUCGGGGAGGCGGGGCAGGUUCACUGGAAGAGAAAAUCGACCACCUGGACACUCAGAUCAGGUUGCUUAACAUCAGGCUGAGCCGGGUCAUAGAUGGCCUGGAACGCACCGUGGAGCAGUAGGUGGCAGCAAGGAUGAGGGGGAGGGAGGGGAUAAUGUAGAACCAGCUGCAGCUGAUGUCAGAAUGCUGUUUCCUGUACACAUCUUCAGCAACACAACUACUGGGUAUUUACAACUCUAUUGUCAGAUGGGGGACAAAACUAGAUUUGAAAACAGUAUUUUAACUUCUUGAGUUGAUUUUAGUUACAGAAUACCUUCAAAUCCUCAGAGGUGUGGACAGUUGACUUGGAGCUUACGCAAAUCAACCAAACAACUAUUUAUCUUUUAUUUUUGUCUUAAGGCUUUGAAAGGUUUUUGCUACAUCUGUGAAGAAGUUAUCAGAGAGAUGUCCAUGGUUUUCUAAAUGCUGGCCUAAUUCUACACCUCAGCUACUUUUGAGAAACUCCCAAGUUUGGGCUUGAAUUUUUGGUGUUUGGAUAAGCUUUGUCAAUGCUUGUGCUAAACGAAUAAGCAUAUUUUAUGUACCUUUUUGUUUCUAUCCUUGUGAAUAACCUUGGGGUUAUGAUUCUGACACAGGUUUGUCCACAAACAUUUGUUCCCCUUUUUCAAACUAUUGAAGUAGGGAAAGGGGUUGGGUGUAGGAUGCAGGGGACCGAUACAAACGUAUUUCUAAUAUGUAAAAAUCCUCAAGAUGUUGGAUAGUUGUUCAUAGUAAGAUUUAUUUAUUCAGUUUUCCAUCCAAAAUGUUGAAAUCAUGUAGAUCUAGUUUGUUUCAUUAAGUCACUGUUCUAUAGCGGCCAGGGUUUGACAUCCGGACCUCUUUUUCAUCGUGGUUGUGUGGAUGGGUGCAUGAGCAAAUGCAUCUGGGUGACUUACUCGAAUGUGUGUGCAAAUGCAUUAAUGUGUGUGUUUUAAGCUUGUGAAAUGGAAAAGCACUGUAUCAAAAAGUCACCAUCAGACUAGGAGAAAAUGCAAAUGCAGCAGUAUCUCAGGGACUCGACCAACACACAUAGAAUUGGAAAAGAGAUAUCAAGUAUAUUAAAAUCAUGUCUUGGUCUCUUUGAGUCAAUUCAGUUUUUCAGAUAUGAUUUGAAAUCUGUAUCAGUAACUUACAAUACUUAUUGAUAAAUGGGUGCACAGUUUGUGUUCUUGCUUCAUGUUGAAAUUGCGACGUUUGAUUAAUGUCUGAUGUGGUCAAGACCAAAUCCAGCUUUUCAUUCAUCGUUUUGAUACAAGCAUGGAAUUAUUGUAGGGAUUUGAACUGCAGCUAGUGGUUCUAAAGUUUAAAUUGGGAAAUAGCAUUUUUAACAUUUUACAUGUGGGAAUGCAGAAGCAAAUUAUCCACAAGUGGUUUAGAAAAAUGACUGCGGUCGUUUUGAGUCACAUCACACUGGCUCGAAGUAUGUCUUAAUACGUCUUUUGGGAUGAGGAUUUUUAUGAGAAGUGUAGUAAAUAGGAUUAGUUUCUCAAUUUGAUUACAGAUUAAAUUAGGUCUAGUGCCUUUGAUUCAGUGGCAAAAAUACAAGCUUGUACUGUACAACCCCAUUUGACCCUGCAUUGGAAAAGGCAGGCUUGAAACUGUGCAUUAUUCUAAAUUGUUUCAUGUUAGUAUGUGAUAACAACUCUUACCAGUAACUUAAUGAGAUUUACAACCAGCCUGAUUGAUACAAGCAGUUUAACAUUAUGUUGAAACUGUUGGACACCUGCUUAGUGUGCAUCACUGUAGCCAACUCUAGUUUGUUAGUUUGACAGGGCUUUUUAUGUCUGUAUUAUUUCUGCCUUUUGCCUUUUUUAUUUUAUAUUUCUCAUAAUCUACUGUUGCAAGACACACUGGGACUUUUUCCUGCCAUGCUCCUCUAUGUUUAACACACGUCUUCAUCUAUUCAUAUUCCCCUUGGCACAGCAUUUUGUAAUUUCAAUUUCUAGAAUCUGGACUCUAAACACGUUUUUAUACAAAUGACCCUAAUGCUGUGCAAAUUUGGGGGUCCAGGGUCGUGUUGCUUUCAGUGUCUCAUGAGAAAGAUUGACUAAAGGAGGACACAAGUGAGUAAUGUUGCAGGAUGAUUGAAAUGAUCAGAGGGCUCUUACCACUCUUACACUACUGAGGCCAAAGAACCAACCAGUACUCAGUACCUUGACACUCAGAUUAACAAACUCCUCAGCAACUAUUAGUAUGUGUGAGAUGCUUUUUUUUUUUUUUUAACCCCACCCGUAAUGUUUCUCAGCGUAGUAAGGGUGCAGUGUUAAUAUUGUUCUUGGAUAAGGAAGGUGUUGCAUCACCAUAAUACCAGGCACAGACACAUGGACUCUGUGGCUAUUUCUCAGCACAUUCAGACAAUUACCAUUACAUUCGGUACAAUGGCUGGAUUCAGAUAUUCUUAAUAGACCCGCUGUCUUGUUUUUCAUCUCUAUCUUGGAAUUAAGGUUUGGUGCCAGCAAAAUGCAACAAAUGUUGCAUUAAGGUUGACUUAAUGUGUAUCAGUUGUUGAAAUUUUUUUUUUCUUUUUUUAAAGAAUUUUAAAAGAUUUCCUAAUUUCCCCCAAACAUACCCAUAUCGUCCCUGCAGAACCCCCACCCUGGCAGCCCAUAUAGCCAAAGUAAUCUGGGAUUUUCUUGCAUGCUAUGUUUUUAUGCCUAUAAUGUUAUGUUAAAUUAUACAUGUUGUUGACUGCCUAGGUAGAGAACCCUUCCAAAAUGCGAUUUGAUGAAUUAGCCAGAAGUUUUGAUUUCUAUUACUGAGUCUUAUUUUUCUGUUCCAUUACAGUCAACAUUUGCACUAAUGACUGUACUGUAUAGACCAAACUAUCACUUAUGAGGGCUGUUUCACAUUACAAGACUAAAGUGGACACAAACCCUCUGAUUUUUUCUCUUAUUCCAUCAUCACAUCCAUUCUGUUUAUCUUAUGAUCUCUGACAUGUUGGCAAAUUUUAAAAUGUGUAAAAUAAGUUUUUUUCCUUUCCAUUAAUUCGCACAGGUAAAGCUGACUUGAAAGAGGGGCUUGAUCCUGGUGUCUUGUAGUGUGUGUGUGUGUGUGUGUGUGUGUGUGGUUACAGUCUGUAGCCAUUGACUUGUGUGUUUUACUAAUAAUGUGUGAUUUAUGAAAGUGUUAAUUGAAUAGUAAUAAUCAUGUAUGUUAUUGAAGGAAGGUUUAAAUCAGUUUUCCAAUGGAUCAUGGCACUAAAGUUGGAGUCAAGUGAUCUCAGAUGGGUGUCAGACGUGCGAUACUGUACUUCAGUUGCUUCAGCACUUCAAAAGAUUCAGGAUUUUGAGGGGUGCUUAUCCAGUGUUGUAUUUUAGAACAAGGACUGAAAUAGUUUCUCUUCAAGUUCUUUCAUACUGUUUUUAUUGAUUAUUUCUAGCACCACAAAAAUGGCAGUUUCUGAGACAAAAACCAGCUUGAAAACACUCCAUAUCAUGGAAGAGAAACUUGCCACUAGCUGCAGGCCUACUCAUGUACCACUUGACAUUACAACUUAAAGUUGAAAGAUGCCAGUGGAUCUUUCUGUUGGCAUCUUUCAGCACAGGAUUGAAUGCUACAUUCAGAUUAUAUUUAUUCUGUCUGUAAACUGCCUGUUGAAUGGCUAGUAAUUCCAUUAAUUUAUUGUACUGUAUUCUACUUGUUCUUCUUAUUCCAUGUAGCCUGCUUUUUAUAACAGGCCAUGCCAAUAAUGUGUUUUUCUUUAAUUUAAAGGCAAUUAUUUGUAUCUGUUGAAUUUUGAGUAGAUGUGGAUAUUAUUUUUUCAUUUCAUCAGUUCAUAUUUUUAGACUUUUUUUAUCAGAAUAUUUCUGUACUUCACUGAUGUGGCAAGCUAAAAACUGUUCUGCCUGCUGUUGCCUACUUUGUGUGUAUCUUUAUCAAAACCUGUUGAUGGCUAAAUGUGUUUGUUUUGUUUUUUGUCAAAAGUGAAAAUGAGGUCCAGAUUUGAUUAAACACCAGUCUGACAAAG